UGCUGCAGUGGCAGCUGUCAUCCAAAUCACUCUAAGAGGAGCACUUGAAUACCUACAUUAGUGUUUUCUCUACUACUUCUUCAUUUUUUUUUUAAAUCUUUAUCCAUUUAUUCGGCGUCAAGAUGAUUUCGCUAACGGACUCCCAAAAGAUUGGAAUGGGAUUAACAGGCUUCGGCGUGUUUUUCCUCUUCUUUGGGAUGAUCCUGUUCUUUGACAAAGCACUCCUGGCUAUUGGAAAUAUCCUGUUUGUUGCUGGACUGGCCUUCGUCAUCGGACUGGAGAGGACAUUCCGCUUCUUCUUCCAAAAGCACAAGAUGAAGGCCACCGGUUUCUUCUUGGGAGGCGUGUUUGUGGUGCUGAUUGGCUGGCCCAUCAUCGGAGUCGUGCUGGAGAUCUACGGCUUCUUUCUGUUGUUCAGGGGUUUCUUCCCAGUUGUGGUAGGCUUCAUCAGAAGAAUACCUGUCCUCGGCUCCAUCCUAAACCUGCCGUUCAUCAGUGCAUAUGUGGACAAAGUGGGCGAGAGCAACACCAUGGUAUAACAGUGACUUCUUGUACCCACAGAGGGCUGUUUGAGUACAGCAACACAGUCUCCCAUUGGGCUGAUUUAAAGCAGCUAAGGUUAUAUAUUCAGAUCCCUCCCUCCUCCAGCAGGCAAAGACUGCUGUCUGUCUGUCUAUCUGUAAUUUCGCUGGUCAGCGCCACCAAUCAAAGGUUCAUCAGCGCGUCGCACCGCCGGUCUGUUACUAAAGGAUGGAGUUACUAAGGUCACUACAAUAAAUAUUUCAAAUACUAUUGAUCCCUUCGCCAUUGAGCGCAUCUGGCAUGAUAAUGGAGGAUGGAGGAGUCCCUCAAAAGCCUCAUUGACUCUGUCUACGUGACUUUUUGACUCUGUGGAACAAACAGACAAAACGACGCCCCCCCCCCCCCUCCACAAGGACGAGAAGCCGACCGACAGCUUGCCAUGUUGACAUGUUUCUGUGCCUGUGCUUUAACUUUAUUUGGGUGAAAAGCUUUUUAAGUCCCGCAUUUUGUCUCCCUGCGGUCACUCUGUGACUCUUUGUUUCUUCGUGUCUUGCAGCUAUCUGAAUACCAAACGUGGCUAUUGUAAUAUUUUCCCUUUGUUACAUGUCUUUUUUUUCUGUUUACAGUUGGCUAAUGAGUACUUAAGUAUAAAUUAUUUUUUAAAUGAUCAGUGCUUGACUUCAUGCAUAACGAGGUUUGAGAUCAUAUUCGUAUUUGUUAAUCGUCAUUACCCCGUAAAACUACUAAAUCCGAGUGCUGUUAAAGUCGGGUCACACCAGAAAGUGGAAGCACCUAAUUCAUGAUGACACAUGGAUGGUGAAGUUCAUCCAGGUGGCGCUAAUGUAUUGACUACUCACAAGGCUGUAGCUGUAACGUGCUAACCAGCCAGGAGCAUAGUGCGAGUCAGUCGCAAAAGCUCUUCAAGCUAGCUGGUUUGCUAACUGUCAGUAGCAAGAUAGGUAGCUCAGUCGCUAACUGGAAAAUACCGUAUUCAUACUGUCUCCUGUCUCUUUACAGCAUACACACAAUGUCUUUUUUGUAGAAUAGUUUACACUCCAGCAGAGCAGGGUUACAUAACAGUAGAUGGUGCGACACAGCUAAAAACGUAAGAUAACUUCCUCUAAUUUGGACUGUCUGGCUUUCCGUUCGCUCCAAACUCAGCUCAGUGUAGACGGGUUUCCUGCUGCUUGCCAAGAAUAGUACCAAUUUAAUUGAAAUGAUUUGCUGCUGUAAAUGCUGGUGUGACUUUUUUUUUUUCCCCCUCCCCUGUUCUCGAAAGCACAUUAUUGGUUUUUGGACUUCCAAUCUUCCAAGCAGUCAGCGGUUUCACUUCAUCUUAGUACACUACAAAAAGAGACUUCAAAUUUGCUUGCUAAUUUGCUUUGCUUAUUUUUUGAUCAGAUCAUUUUUGCUUCGGAUCAAAAUACUCACCUUUUUAAAUCAAAAUUUGGAUUUUUUUGAAAACUCUUCUUUGCUCAGUUCAGUUUAACUCUAGCAUUUAAGAUUUAAGAAUUAGCCGAGUAGCCGCUUUUUUUGGUGCCCAAAGCCAAAUCUGAGAACAAAUUUACUCUCUAAAGCUCUUAAACAUAACAACAAGGAAACAUAUUAUUUUCCUAUAGAUUAUAUGAACAGCACGGCUUUAUUCUCUGCAAGGUGAUUUUCAUAGCAUAUGUAAAUGAACUGAAACCAGCAGCUGCUUGGAAGAUAGAAAACUAACCAAAACUUUGGGAAAUAGUCAGCGAUAUAAAGCAACUUGGGCCCUAUUAAAGCCAAAACUAUGAAAACAUGACCCAAGUUGUAAUAAAUAACCCUAUGAUGAACUAAAACAUGUAAAACACUGGUAUGAUCCUUCCAAGAAAAAUCUCACUUGCUUUCAGUGGUAUAAACAGAUGAACUCUACUCAGAUCUGAGAACUUCAGCUCAGCCCUUUAACACGAUGGAGCUGUAAACUGCGAAGCAGCUGCGGCUUCACACACUUGUUGACCUAUACGUCUGAAUAAGCAAUUAGUUUCAUCAGAAUGUGCCACCUGAACUGUUUUCACACGUGCACUGCAACCCUGAACUUCUCUAGACGUGACCCAGAGGAGCUGUACGGGAUGUUGAUGAUGUAUCUAUCACCACCUCCUGAAUUCUCUACCAGGCACCACCCCACACCUAAACCAGAUUUCCGGUUUGCGUGUCGCAUGUGUGAAACAAGGACUCCGGACAAUAUCCGGGGGACCUGAUUCUCCAGAUACUGUCCAGAGUUUCUAUGUGGAAACAGCUCUAGAGAAUCCCUCUAAGUGCUAGAGUCCUCUCUUCAUUCAUCCAGUGUCCUUAAACUCUCUGUUAAACAGGUUCACGCAGGUUUUUUUUUUUAAAACAUCCUUCAUCAGCCACGGACGUCAGCCACCACGACCCAAGAGCUGAAUAAAUAAAAGCCCUUCAGCUGUGGGUCUUUCUGUGCAAGAGCAUCUGAAGUGAAGUUACCUGUGAAAUGACAAUGUUUUGCUGUAUGGCACUUUUGUAAAUAUACUAUGAAAGUUAGCUUUG